AUGGUGGGAAUCUCGCAAGACGAUGCGCCUUCAACGGCCGGGCGAUCAAGCAUCUCUGACGGCGAUGCUGAGAGAGGGCGAUUGCUUUCAGGUAAUGAUGAUGAUGAACCCAACGCCGCCGAGGGCUGCGAGGAUGCUGAGCGACUUGAGAGCUGGCAUCUGCAGCAUAAGCGGCGUGAGACCCGACGCUGGAGUUAUCUUGUUAUGAUAAUCAGCACCAUCGCGUUGAUCACAGUUCUUGCUGUUUGGGUUCACAACUACACUUUGACUUCUGGAUGCGAGUAUGAUGGAAGUUGCAAUGACAUCUCCAAACUCUGGGGCCAGUACUCCUCAUUCUUUUCUGUCCCAUCAGAGAUUGAUUCAUCAACACCUGAUGGUUGCGAUGUCACUGUCGCUAUCGUCCUGUCUCGUCAUGGAGCACGAUAUCCAACGACCACUAAAUCUGAAGCCUACGACGCCACCAUCACGCGGCUUCAAAAGUCUGUCACCAAGUACGGCAGUGGCUAUGAAUGGCUCAAGGAAUACCAGUACAGUCUCGGGUCUGAAGAUUUGACCGAAUUUGGUCAGGAUCAGAUGAUUCACUCCGGAAAGGCAUUCUACGAGCGAUACAUUGGACUCGCCGAGAACUCGAACCCUUUUAUUAGGGCAUCAGGAUCAGACAGAGUUGUGGUUUCAUCCUACAACUUCACACAGGGUUUCUAUGCUUCUCGUGGCGAAUCUGGAGAUGACUACACUGAUGAUAUCCUGGUGAUCCCUGAAGAAUCUGGCAUCAAUAACACCAUGUCGCAUGGAUUAUGCACUUCGUUUGAGAAAGACGACGAUCUUGGCGAUAACGACGCACAAACCGCUUGGGGCAACAAGUUCCUGCCUCCCAUUCGAGACAGACUCAACCGAGAUUUGAAAAAGGCCAAGUUGUCGCUGAAGGAAACCGUCUAUCUGAUGGAUCUGUGCCCUUUCAACACAGUCAACACCCCCGACGGCGCAGUGCAGUCCAAGUUUUGCGACCUCUUUUCUACAGAAGAUUGGCGAAGCUACAACUACUGGCAGACUCUCAGCAAGUACUACAAGUACGGUAACGGUAAUGACAUGGGACCAACACAGGGUGUCGGAUAUGUCAAUGAACUCAUCUCCCGCCUGACACGAAAGCCCGUCAAGGAUGAGACAACUACGAACAGCACAUUGGAUUCCAACCCAGAGACGUUCCCCCUCGACAGGGCUCUGUAUGCUGAUUUUAGCCACGACAACAGCAUGGUUUCCAUCUUUUCCGCUAUGGGUCUGUACAACUACACAGGCAAGUUGCCGAAACACCACAUUGUGCCAGCCGUCCGGGCGCACGGCUACUCAUCUGCGUGGGUGGUCCCUUUUGCGGCGCGCAUGUACGUCGAGAAGCUCGAGUGCGGCGCCACCAAGGAACAGAAGGGCGAGGAGUAUGUGAGGGUGUUGGUCAAUGACCGAGUGAUGGAGCUCGACACCUGUGGAGGAGAUGAGUAUGGACGUUGCACUCUGGAAGACUUUGUAGAGAGUUUGUCGUUUGCUAGAGAAGGAGGACACUGGGAUCGAUGCGAUGUAUGA